UAGGAACUACCAUGUUUAUUUAAUAAAUUAAUCUUUGAUAAACACAAUAAAUAAAUACUUCAGGACUCAGGUUAAGUAAAUGUUAGUGUGCAUUUGAAUUUAUGGAUACUAUUAAAAAGUAUUUUACUCAGUCUAUUAUAGACAAUGGAAAUAAAUCAAUGGAUGGAAAUGAUGAAUCAAGUUUUAAUACAAUUUGUAACAAUACUCAAAAUAAAGAGAAUGAGAUGAUCAUUUCAACUUGUUCUGACAUGACAAGUAUUCAACAUACAAACAAGCAUCUUUUACAUAAAAUAAAAAGUUUAGAAGAAGAAAAUGACCGUUUGUUAUCUAUAAUUGAAAACAAAAAUAUUAUAAAGAAUGUAAAAUGUAAUUGUAAUGUUGUUAAGAACAUACCAGACUUUAAUACCAGACAAAUAAUAAAAUCAUCAGCAUGUGAUGUUUAUACAAAAAACAAAGAUUUUUCUGAACUAAAAAAAUUGAAUGAUAAAUGCAAUUCAUUGAAUAAAAAGAAUUGCAAUUACCGAAAUCAAAUAAUGCAAUUAAAAAACGAGUUGCAAAUAGCUCAAAAUGCUUUAUCUAAUGAAAUUGGAGAUCCAGCAGUGAUGAAAACAGUUUUAAUGGGCACAGGAUCUUCAAAUUAUAUAGGACGUGCUCAAAAAAUAUUGGUCUUGCAGCAGAAAGUAAACGAGCUGCAAGCGAAACAAAGUGAUUCAAAAACCAAAGAACUGCAUGAUUUAACUGUUAACACCAAAAAAUUGGAAAAAGCACGUAAGGCAAUUAAUGAGCAGGUAUUAAAGGAUACUCAAUUGAAGGUUACCGAAUUGACUACAUCAGUGGAAAUAUGGAAAAGACGUAGUAAAGCAUUGGAUGUAGAAAUCACUGUCUUAAGAAUACAAAUUCAAAAAUUAUUAUCCAAGUCUGAAUCAGACAACCAACUUAUUGAUCAAUUAAAAGCAGAGUUAGGUAAAAAUAAUAUGCAACGGCUUAAAACUAAGGACUCUGUAACAAAACUUGAAGAAUCAAUUGCAUUGCUACAGUUGAAAUAUGAUAAAGCGGAAAAAAUUAUUGAACAGCAAUCAUUUAAUUUGAGGGAUAGAGAUAUGAGAAUAUCUCAUUUAGAAUCAAAAAUACUAAAGAAUAAUGAUACAACUAAAGAUCAUAAAGAUAUCAGUUCAAUAGACUUUAUGGAGCCUAAAGAAAUUUUUGUUAAGAAAUUAAAUGGAUUCGAAAACAAACAACUACUGAAUCUAUUAUGCAUAGCUCAUAAUAAAAUUUGUGAACACGUUCUAGAUGCUGUUGAUUUUAAAAAUAAAUAUUUAACGGAAAACCUAAAAUUCCAAAAAUUUAAAUCAAAGAUGGGUUACUUGAGUUCAUCAACAUUAUUUAACAAAAGAUCAAAAUCUAAAUAUCACUUUAAAAAUGAAUUAAAUGCGAAUGAGAAAUUAUUAGAAUUACAGAAUAAACUAGAACUGGUAGAAGAGGAGCGUGCUGCUUUUAAAGAUAGAUUGGACACUCUCAUAAUGUUGAAUAAAGAAAAUGUACAUACAUUUACCCGAUCAUUAAACAAUAUGAAACAGCAGACGUCAUGCUGAAAUCUGCUGUCACAUGAAAUUUGGAACACCCUGUAUAUAUAUAUUUCUACACGAUUGAUGAUAUUUUAUGAUACACGUGAAAACGUUAUAAUUGAACCGUUACAUAACGUUCAGAUAUUAAAUACUAUAUAGGUAUAUAUAUUACUGGUGCACGGUUUCGGAGAAUCUGAUAUAAAACUAAAAUCUCGGUUGCCGUCCACGGAAAAAGCACAAAAAUACAAAAGUUCUAAAAUCAAUUGAACGGAAAAACAAACUUCAACAAAACAGUCGAAAAACGAGUUAUAAAACGAUUACACACUGUGUCACUGUGGUACACUGUCCAUAUAACGCGUGUUGACAAAAAGAAUAAAAUAACCACUUGUAAAUGACGGUGCAGCUUGUGUUCUAAAUAACUACGCUAUACUUUAUUAUAAUGUAUAGAAUUAUAACGCGAUGCAUAUCGUUUACGACACUU